CGUUUGGGAGCGGGCGAUGGUAGGUAGUCCUCAUUCAAGAGCUUGAAGCCAUGCAAUGGCGACGACCACCGGCGGAAGAUGCCCCGGCGGAACCUUCAGGUUCUGCCCAACAAAAUGCAGCUCCGGCCCCAGCAACAAGAAAGUUUUCAGCUCCACCAGCUGCCCCAGUGCCCCCAGCUAUGCCAUCGACCAAGUAUGAGAACAUUGACUUCUCUAAGUAUGGAUCAAAUGUGCAUGAAUCUGAUGGCCUCCAAGACGCGCACUAUGCGAGGAGAAGUAGCUCUCAAGGGCAAUGGAUUCAGAAUCCUCGAGUAUUGCAGUGUGUGAACAACAUCCAACUCGGAGCGAAGAUGGGUGCGACAGUUGGCGGUUGCUUCGGCCUGUUGACUGGAGCAUGGGUGGCAGUCACGCAGAGAAAUCUCUUGGUAUUGCCUGUCUCUGUGGUUGGCGGUGCUAUCAGUUUUGGCUUCUUCCUCGGAUGUGGGAUGAUUAUCAGGUGUGAAGAGAAAUCCGACCGUGCCAGCUCUCUCGAAUUGGAUACAAAGCUUGAUGCCAAAGCCGCAGUGCCCAGCCAGCCGAGACCGCAGCUUUCAUUCAGACCCAACGCCCAGAUUGCAAGGCUAUUGCAGCCACCUGAAGCUGAAUGAUGCUGUUUUGUUUUCAAGACCUCAUGUGAAACUCGAAGCAAAUUCACAAAUGCCCGCCGUCCUCGUAUAUGUAAGUAUGGUCCAGACUAGUGCACAAAGGAG